AUGACUCCUGGACUAGGUGCAAGGAGUGAAGGCAAAGCCCGCAGUCCUUGGCCUGCGCAGUUCAAAUUAGAACUCCUCAAACUGAUGAUCGCCAACAAGGAAGACUGGAACUCGAAAGAUCGAGCCGAUCGGCGGGACUUUUUCGACAUCGUCGCUGCCCAAGCCAAGACUAAGUUUGGCAAGGUCAUCGACGCGGAGGACAUCAGGUCCAGGGUACACAUCUCCAUGUGCGGUCCCCGGCGCAACUCCACGUUCAAGACAGAUCCUGUGGGCGAGACACAAAUCAAGGUGGACGAGUGGAAUGCAAUCGUUGACGACAACCCACGUGGCGACAGCCCGAAAAAGCUUCAACGGUUAGAUGACCGUUCGGUAGAGGCUCUGGCGAAAGCCUCCAUCAACUGUAUCCAGACAGCCCGCAAGACAUUGCUGCGUCCCUCCAGCAGCCCCGAGCAGUGGCAGGACGCCGAGAUACUGCUCGCCAUGUCUCUGGUCAUGGCAGCUCGAGAGGAAGACAAAUCCCGUUUUAUAACGCCGCAACAACGCAACGAAGUCCUCUCAUGGACCAGAUCGACUCAGCGCACAGCUUUGCUCGACUUGAUACCGGCCAAGCCCCGGCGGCUUGCGCAAGUAAAGGAGAGUUCGACGCCAAUACCGCAAGCGCAGGAAUCCAAAAAUCAUCCGGGACAAGCACAAAAUCUGAGCAAACCUGCUAUUGAUCUUCCCAUUCGCCCGGCACAGGAGAUUCGCCCUAUCACUCCACAGGCUGCGGAUGUCGAUGUGGUGGACCUCACAAGCCCACCUCAAUCGCCAAUAUGCCACCCAGAGGAACAGCUCCGACCCGUUGCACAAAAGUCAUCAGACGACUCAGACUCGGGCUCAGACCCAGAUUCGGACUUGGACUCGGACUCCAAUCACUCUGGCCCCAGACCCCAUGCGGCGGCAACUUCAAAAGUUAUCCUUCGCCCAUCCCAGGUCUCCCGGCGAGCUGGCUUGGACAGGGCCGAUUACUCGGAUUCGGACUCAUCAGUCUCGAGCUCUGAUGAUGACCACGACAAGUCAAAAUCACUCAAGACCAAGCUGACGCUAGAAUCCGCAUGCCUUCCUUCGCCUGUCAUGCCGACAACCUGCCCACAAAACAAGCGCAAGGCAUUCAUUGAGUUGACAAAGGACGAUAACAACAAGAAGCCCAAAUUAGGCGUAGAUUUUAGGCUGCCCAAGCAAGCAGUCCACCUACCAGCAGUAAAGUUGGGCUUUGCCAAGACCGCGAUAGGCUCCAGUAUCAGCGCUGACGAGGUGCUGGACCGCAACAUCGCUUUGGGGGCACACAAGAAAACAGCCACUCAGCCUGGAAAGCAGACAAACAACCACAAUCGUGGCGGUAUCCAGAAAGGCAACGAUGCCAAGAAGAAGAAGAACUACUAUAGAAAACGGAAAUCCAACCAGAAGAAAGUGUAG